AUAAGAUUUGGAGUAGAUGCUUGUCAAAACGUCCAAUCGCUCGCGAGAACCCUGUCCAGCUGGAUUUGAAUCUCAGACGGAGGUCUAGACCGACUCAAGACCAGCAAAUACGGCAUUACGAAAGGUGUUUUCAGCGGAAUCAAAUACCGGUAUUCGGUAUAUCUGAUAUUCAUUCAGGAACAAAGGUUGCUAUAAUAAACAUACCUCGCAGGUCGUUAUCACCCAGAGUGGCCUAGUGGUGUGAUCAACGGGAGCAUCCACAGCGUCAUACCAUCACCGUUGUCUGGCUACAGUACUCUAGAACUCAACAAAAGCAACCUCGACCCGACCAUAACAACGCCCUUGCCCAAUCUCUUCUAGCCUCGCGUCCAAAGUCUUCGUUAGGUUGCGACAACAAUUCUUAACUCAUUCAACAUCUAUUCUUCGCGCUAGUAUUGUUGAAAUAAUUUUACAGUACACCACUACAAAAUAUCCAGAGGAGGAUUGAGAUGGCAUACCAACAGCAAGGGCAAGGCGCCGCAGCGGGGUAUUAUCAACAAGACGCUGGAAUGCAACAGCAACAGCAAGCCUACAAUCAACAACCCCCAUAUCAAAAUCAAGUUCCCCCCCAAGAACCUCCGCAAUAUGGAAAACAGGAAAAUCAAACAAAUGGCGAUAUCAACCAAAACUACGGCUUUGAAGAGAAAUUCAAGCUCGACAGACCGAAAUUCAACGACCUCUGGGCUACUAUUUUGUUCUCGGCUACCUUUCUAGGCUUCGUUGCUGUCAGUGGAUUGACGAUAUAUGGAUACAGUCAUACGAAGGGCCAGCAAGGACAUGGCAUUUACAAUCCAAAUUCGACGGCCGUCGCAUUGAACAGCAAUACUAUAAUACUCUUCGCCUUUGUGCUGGCUGUCGCCUUCGUUCUUAGUUUGGCGUAUUUCUGGGUCAUUCGAGCCUUUACGAAACAAGCCAUCUGGAUUACUGGAAUUCUACAAAUCGUCUUCGGCAUUGGCACAGCGGUUGUUUACUUCGCUAGACAUUGGUACAGCGCUGCCAUUGUUUACCUCAUCUUCACGGUCUUCUAUAUUAUAUGUUUUAUAACCUGGAUACCUCGCAUUCCGUUCUCGGUUUUGAUGUUGCAGGUUGUCAUCGACGUCUCCAAAAAUUACGGCCAUGUGUUUGUAGUAUCUCUCAUUGGGGGAACGUUGGCAACGCCUUUCGGCGCUUGGUUUUCGGUGACUUUCGUUGCAGUCUAUGCUCGAUACUAUCCUGGGGGCCCAGAUUGUGGAGUCAAUGGCGCUAGUUGCAGCUAUGCCAAAGUAAUUGGCCUUCUCCUUUUCAUUACAUUCGCAGGCUAUUGGAUUACAGAAGUAAUAAAAAACGUCAUUCACGUUACCAUCUCUGGAGUUUAUGGAUCCUGGUAUUUCUGUGCUCAAAAACCAGAGGGAUUUCCUAAAGGAGCUACCCGUGGAGCAUUCAAGCGGGCAAUGACUUACAGCUUUGGGAGUAUCAGUUUCGGAAGCCUUCUCGUGGCUAUCAUUCAACUCCUUCGCCAGGCCUGCUCUAUCGCGCGGCAAAAUGAGGCAGCGCAAGGCAAUAUCAUGGGAACGAUUUUCUUCUGCAUUCUUGGGUGCUUUAUUUCGCUUCUUGAAUGGGCAAUCCAAUUCAUCAACGAAUAUGCUUUCUCCUACAUCGCUCUAUAUGGAAAGGCAUACAUGCCAGCCGCAAAGGUAUUUCUAAUCCCUAUUUCCCUUCUUUCUGUACUAACAUUCUUACAAGACAACCUGGCACAUGAUGAAAGACCGUGGCAUCGAUGCCCUCGUAAAUGAAUGCCUCAUCAACCCCGUCCUAACCAUGGGCUCUGUCUUCGUUGCAUACGUCUGUUCCUUCCUCGCCUACCUCUACCUCUCUUUCACCAGUCCAGCUUACAAUGCCAAUAACUCCUUCACAGCCGUUGUCAUGGCCUUUGCUUUCCUUAUUGGACUACAGAUCUCGAACAUCUUCCUCGUUCCAAUCAAGAGUGGAGUUGCGACUUUCUUCGUGGCUAUGGCGUUCGAUCCAGAGGUACUGAUUAAUGAGUAUCCGGAUUUGUGGAGGAGGAUGGUGGAGGUAUAUCCGCAUGUUUCGGAAGCUGUGCAUGUUUGAUGGGUAAAGAGUAGGGAGUGUGAGGGAGUCAUGGGAAUGCUGGAUAUUGGGUUUAUGGAAUGGGAAAUGGAUGAGAUACCCCUUUUCAUAAUGGUGUUCUUCUGUUUUUCUUUUCCUUUGGGGUUUGAUCGAAUGGACAAGUCCAAUAUUUUUCAAGGAUGAAAAGUCAGUGGGUAUUAAUGGGGCCGCGGUGGUAAAAGUAUACUUGAAUUAGUGGCAUGAAUUAUGUAUUGAUAGAGUAUACAUAGUAAAAAUAGAAACAUCUACUAUACUUUGAAU